GCACAAAACAGACCAGCUACAGUCAAGAAAGAAUCUCAGCAGUGCCGAGGAGGAGGAGAAGAAGAAGAAGAAGAAGAAGGGCUCUCGGUCUGUGGGGGGUGACUGAGGGGUCGAGCGUUUUUGUUCCGCUGGUGGAUCCUGCUUAAACGGUGAGCAGGAGGCACAACAACCCAAACCAGAGCAGCCCGACCCGGAAAGAGCCUGGAGGAGCGGGUCGUUACGGAUCGGAACUAAGGCGCUUUUGUUUCUCUCUCAACUCCUGCGGGUUUGGGGGCUCCAGCGGCGGCGGCGGAGACGAUCCCGCUCGCCCAGGGAAGGAGGCUGGAAGUCGGGGACGCUUCCAGCCUGCAGGGCCGGGCGCCGUGGCGAUUGAGCAUCCGGAAUUUGGUGAACCCUUUGGGGCUCAGUGGAUGGGAUGGAGCCUGGACCAUCUGGCGCUGUGCCCGCCGGGCCGUACCCCCCACCCCUGCAGCAGGUGUUCCAGGCGCCCCGCAGGCCGGGCAUGGGCACCGUCGGCAAACCCAUCAAGCUGCUUGCCAACUACUUUGAGGUGGAAAUCCCAAAAAUGGAUGUGUACCACUAUGAAGUGGACAUCAAACCUGAUAAGUGUCCUCGACGGGUCAACAGUUACCUCAAUUACAUAAAGCGUGACCUAGAAAGGAACCUCCUCAUGCUGUUCUUCCCUGAAAAGGUUGAUUUCGAGGUGACCAUCCCCGGCGAGGGGAAGGAUCGCAUCUUUAAAGUGUCCAUUAACUGGCUGGCCAAGGUGUCGUGGCGGCUGCUGCAGGAGACGCUGGUCAGCGGACGUCUGCAGGUCCCGCUGGACUCUGUCCAAGCCCUCGAUGUGGCCAUGAGACACCUGGCCUCUAUGAGGUACGCUGCUCACAGACUGACAGGUCUGAAGGUGGAGGUCACGCACUGUGGUCAAAUGAAAAGAAAGUACCGCGUCUGUAACGUCACACGUCGCCCUGCUAGUCACCAAACGUUUCCCCUGCAGCUUGAGAGCGGACAGACGGUGGAAUGUACCGUGGCUCAAUACUUCAAGCAGAAGUACAACCUGCAGCUCAAAUACCCCCACCUGCCCUGCCUACAGGUGGGCCAGGAGCAGAAACACACCUACCUGCCCCUGGAGGUGUGCAAUAUUGUAGCAGGGCAGCGGUGCAUCAAGAAACUGACAGAUAAUCAAACCUCCACCAUGAUCAAAGCCACAGCGCGAUCAGCACCAGACAGACAGGAGGAGAUCAGCAGACUGAUGAAGAACGCUAACUUUAAUCUGGAUCCCUACAUUCAAGAGUUUGGAAUCAAAGUGAAGGACGACAUGGCCGAGGUGACGGGGAGAGUGCUUCCCGCUCCCAUCCUGCAGUACGGCGGUCGGAAUCGUGCCAUUGCGACUCCCAACCAGGGUGUGUGGGAUAUGAGGGGAAAGCAGUUCUUCAACGGCAUCGAGAUCAAAGUCUGGGCCAUCGCUUGCUUCGCCCCGCAGAAACAGUGUCGGGAAGAGGUGCUCAAGAACUUCACGGACCAGCUGCGUAAGAUCUCAAAGGACGCUGGGAUGCCGAUCCAGGGUCAGCCGUGUUUCUGUAAGUACGCACAGGGAGCCGACAGCGUGGAGCCCAUGUUCAGACACCUGAAGAACACCUACUCCGGACUGCAGCUCAUCAUCGUCAUCCUGCCCGGAAAAACACCCGUCUACGCGGAGGUGAAGCGUGUGGGAGACACUCUUCUAGGAAUGGCCACUUCUGCUCACCAACAACUCAUGUCGGCAGUGUUCCAGCAGCCGGUGAUCUUCCUCGGAGCAGAUGUCACUCACCCGCCGGCUGGUGAUGGGAAGAAGCCGUCUAUUACUGCUGUGGUGGGCAGUAUGGACGCUCAUCCCAGCAGGUACUGCGCUACAGUACGAGUACAGCGACCCAGACAGGAGAUCAUUGAAGACCUGUCGUACAUGGUGCGAGAGUUACUCAUCCAGUUCUACAAGUCCACCCGCUUCAAACCCACCAGAAUCAUCUUCUACAGAGACGGCGUACCAGAAGGACAGUUACCACAAAUCCUGCACUACGAGCUGUUGGCCAUCAGAGACGCCUGCAUCAAGCUGGAGAAAGACUACCAGCCGGGCAUCACCUACGUAGUAGUGCAAAAGCGCCACCACACCCGCCUUUUCUGCGCUGAUAAAUCUGAAAGAAUCGGGAAGAGUGGGAACAUUCCAGCAGGAACUACGGUCGACACCAGCAUCACGCAUCCGUUCGAGUUUGAUUUCUACCUGUGCAGUCAUGCAGGUAUUCAGGGCACCAGCCGACCCUCACACUACUACGUCCUGUGGGACGACAAUCGCUUUACGGCUGACGAGCUGCAGAUUCUCACCUACCAGCUGUGCCACACAUACGUGCGCUGCACCCGCUCCGUCUCCAUCCCAGCGCCUGCGUACUACGCCAGACUCGUGGCUUUCCGUGCCCGAUACCAUCUGGUGGAUAAAGAGCAUGACAGCGGGGAGGGCAGUCACGUCUCGGGACAGAGUAACGGUCGGGAUCCUCAGGCUCUGGCCAAAGCCGUGCAGAUCCACCACGACACCAUGAAGACCAUGUACUUUGCCUAAGCACACCCCUCGAGCCAGUUCACCGGGUGCUACCAGUCCCACAAAGCCCACAGAACCCAACAUUGGAGUCUCACACUUUGAGUUUCGUUGAAUCUGGCUGAACUAUGCUCUUUUUUUACAUUUUAUUUAAUUGUGUAUUAUUGUAUACUACUUUCGCACUCCCACAUGUACGUAUGUAUGCAAUACGGAGGGAAGGAACGCAGACGAAGCUGUCUUUUUGUAUGCCACCACAAAGCUGCCUCUUAACCUGACGCCAGAGUUCAAACGCCCCAAGUGGAGGAAUCGUUAUUACUUCCUUUGGCAUUAUUUUUAUUGUUGUGAAAGUUUCUUUUUAAAUGUUUUAUUUUUGUGAAUGACAUGGUACAUUAGCACUUAGUUUUAGUCGAAAGGCACCGCGAGCCCAGAAGAAGCGCAGGCAGAAGCCGCAGACGCAGGUGUCUCGGAUCGAUUUUAGACUCGCCGUUAGUUAAGAGAGUGGCCGAAUUAGCGUAACGAUAGAUGGACCACUUAGUGCAUCGCUGCACUCUCACAUCAGCAUAACACCGAAACCAGCAUUAUGCACCAGCCAAACGCCAUGCCAACCGGUGAAAAAGGGCCCUCGUCUGUAAAACGUGCAGUUUACUUGCACUUGAAAAGGAUGAUUUUGCUCCCUUUUUUUUUUUUUUUUUACUUCCAGUGCACAUAAAUCUUCCUGAACUUACAGGAAUAGUUCACCCAAGAAUGAUGAUUUUUAAAAUUGUGUCAUUGCAAACCCUAGAUUUUUUUGAUUCUCCCAUGAAACGGAACGAGCUGUUUUCAAUGCAGCACUAAAUAGAUGGUGAUUUAUAAUGUGAAGCUUCAUGUAAGUGUCAUAAAACUAGUCCGCAUGACUUGCAUAUUAUAAUCCAACUUUUGGAAGUCGUAUUUUAGAUUUGUGUAAGAAAAAGACCCAAAUUUGAGUUAUUCUUCACUAUUUUUUAAACUCUGCUUUUUAUGUUUUAAAUAAGGCUGUAAAUGAGAUUUGAGAGCUGCAGUGGAGACGAGUAUCAGUUAAUAAUCACUUAAUUGUUGGUCUAUUUCUUACAUAAAUUUAUCAUGUGAAUUCAGAAGAAUUGGAGUAUUUUUAUGGCAGUAUAAAUUACCAUCCACCACAUAUAUAUAUAUAUCUAUAUAAAUGGCUUUUUUUUGCAUU